AGAAAUAAACUACUAAUAUAUGCAACAGUGUAGACAUAUCUCAAAUACAUUAUACUACAUAAGUAUUUAAAAGAAUGUAUGAUUCCAUUUAUAUGAUACUCUGAAAAGGCAAAACUAAAAGAACAGAAAUCAGAUCAGUGGUUGUUGGGGUUGGAAGUACAAGGAAGGAUUGAAUACAGAGGGGCCUGAGGGAAAUUGGGGGGUGGUUAUAGAACUAAAUCUUAAUUAUGCUGGUGGUUGCACAACUGGAUGUUUGUUAAAACUCAUAGAACUGUACACUAAAAAGGAUACAUUUUAUCCGAUCUGAUUUUUUAAAGAUAAAAUGGGAAUUUUUAGCUCAUAUAACUGAUAAGCCUAGGAAUAAACUGGCUCUUGCACUUUAACUCACUCUAUUUUCUUCUCUGCUUUCAUUCAUGGGCAUAAUUUCUCAAUAAACUGGCCAGGUACUUCCAGGCUUAUAUACUUAAGAGUUUAAUAAUUCCUGAGGAAAGUAAGUUCUUUGUUCCUUUUGAUUUUAUCACAAGUACUUGGCCUAGUUGAUUGGUUUGGUUUGGAUCACAUGUCCAUCCCUGAACCAAUCUCGUGGACAGUAGGCUGUAGUGGUGAUUGACUAUGCUUGGGUCAUGUGCCUACCUCUGAAGGCCAUAGGUAGUGGUCAGUCUAGUUUUAACCAUGUGGAUUGAGCUAGGAACAGGUGGUUUCCCAAAGGAAUGUUGAAUAUUAUGAUCAAAAGGGACAUCCUGGGGCAAGUGAGAAAACAGAGCAGUAGGAGGCAAAGCACUGCUUUCUUUCCAAAGCAAAUCUACUUGCCUUAUUCGCAUGACUGGAAAUUCUGACAUGCUUCCUAAGGAGAGUUAGGCAACUUCUCUUGAGAUUUUUCUGCAUGAAUAAAUUCAUUUUAUGUCUGUAACUUAUGUUAGUUAUAUGGUGGCAUCUAUUUGGAAUAAUAAAGUUAGUGGUAUAUUGUAUACCUGCUUUACAGGUUAUAAUAAAGGAUAAUAGUCUUGUGCUGACACCAUCACACAUCAAAGCCUACAUGUUGAUGACUCUUCAAGGGUUAGAAUAUUUACAUCAACAUUGGAUUCUACAUAGGGAUCUAAAACCAAACAACUUGUUGCUAGAUGAAAAUGGAGUUCUAAAGCUUGCAGAUUUUGGCCUGGCCAAAUCAUUUGGGAGCCCAAAUAGAGCUUAUACACAUCAGGUUGUAACCAGAUGGUAUCGGGCCCCUGAGUUACUAUUUGGAGCUAGAAUGUAUGGUGUAGGUGUGGACAUGUGGGCUGUUGGCUGUAUAUUAGCAGAGUUGCUUCUAAGGGUUCCUUUUCUGCCAGGAGAUUCAGACCUUGAUCAACUAACUAGAAUAUUUGAAACUUUGGGCACACCAACUGAGGAACAGUGGCCUGACAUGUGUAGUCUUCCAGAUUUCGUGACAUUUAAGAGUUUCCCUGCAAUCCCGUUACAACACAUCUUCAUUGCAGCAGGAGAUGACUUAUUAGCUCUCAUACAAGGCUUAUUCCUAUUUAAUCCGUGUACUCGAAUUACAGCUUCACAGGCUUUGAAAACUAAAUAUUUCAGUAAUCGGCCAGGACCAACACCUGGAUGUCAGCUGCCAAGACCAAAUUGUCCAGUGGAAACUUUAAAGGAGCAGACAAAUCCAACUCUGGCGACAAAACGGAAGAGAACAGAGCCCUUGGAACAAGGAGGAUUACCCAAGAAGCUAAUUUUUUAGUAACAGAUAACACUGGACAGUAUUUUACUACUGAAUGAAAUAGUCAAAAAGGCAAAUAAUUAAAAAAUAGUAAACUUAAGUAAAUGCUGUAGAAGGAAUUUGUAAAUAUUCUACACAUGUAAAAUAUAUAAAACAGUUAUUUUUAUUAAAUGUAUUUUAAAACAAACUUAAUUCUGAUUUUUCUAAUUAGAGUGCAAAAGUAACAUAAGUUUGAUACUCUGAAAUGUAGAAUUGAGAAUGCAUUAAGGAAAUCUUAAUAAAAAUAAUUAUCAGUUAUUUUGAUUAUCUG